AAUAAGAAGGCAGGUGCCCCUGCCAAGGUCUUGUGAAUCAACGUGGCAGUUAAGACCCGAGAUCCUGUGUCUCUUACCUGUUGUAGAGGAUAGCUGGGAGGACAAGGAUGGUGGAUGCUUUCUGUGCAACCUGGAAGCUGAGCGACAGUCAGAAUUUUGAUGAGUACAUGAAGGUUUUGGGUGUGGGCUUUGCCACUAGGCAAGUGGGGAAUGUGACCAAACCAACAGUGAUUAUCAGUCAGGAAGGAGGCAAAGUGGUGAUCAGGACGCAAUGCACAUUCAAGAAUACAGAGAUCAGUUUCCAGCUGGGAGAAGAGUUUGAGGAAACCAGUAUAGAUGACAGAAACUGUAAGUCGGUCAUUAAGCUGGAUGGAGACAAACUCAUUCAUGUACAGAAAUGGGAUGGCAAAGAAACACAUUGUAUAAGAGAAAUUAAGGAUGGCAAAAUGAUUGUGACUCUUACCUUUGGCGAUGUUGUUGCCAUUCGCUGCUAUGAAAAGGCAUAGAAGAGAUGGUUCUUCGACUGUUCUGUUUACUAGAGUCACAGAGCUUGCCAGAUACUGCAGCACUGUUGAUCACUGAUUAGAAGGUUGUCCUUGAUGUGGAAGCCGAAAAUGAUAGUUUAAAAACUUGUUACUCCAAGCAACUCAAAGAAUUUUGAUAUGCAAGUUCGUUGUUUUAUAAUUUCCAUUACAAUGUCAUAAUAAUUUUUUAUAAAGCAGAAAUGCAUCUUAUGAUUUCCUUUGGAAUGCAAAUCAAAUUGGAAUAAAAAAUACAUUCUCAUAAACCUUGA